AUGAGUGCUGGACGUGCGUCAGAGGGUGCAGGUUGCGUUACCUGGUGGGGAUUUAGUCCAGCCCAAAAUCUGCUCAGUCUGGGUCCCGUGAGGUUUGAGGGAGAAAUCAACGUUUUACUGAUUGGCAGUGCAGAUCCAAGACACAUUUUAAAGACUAUUGCUGGUUUGCACGACAAACAAAGUCUUCAUGUAUGGGUGAUAGAAAACAGCAUGGAGGUGGUGGCUAGGCAGCUGCUGCUGCUCUACUUAGCUCUUGUGAACCACAAAAUUAUGGGAAUAAAUGAGAAGACAGAAGUGUUUCUGGAGGUCUUUGGAAACGGUGAAAUCCGGAGUCAGACAGAAGAAACUCUGCAGCGAGCUGCAUCACAGCUCUCUCUGUCUGUUACUGAAACACUGGAGGCUGCCACGCAUGCCUGUCUGAACACCACUCUUCUCAAGUUCAAGGAGCGAGAUGAACUUGUUCGUAUAUUCAACUUGUGGAUCCAGUCUUCUUCUUGUAAGCAUCCUCCUCCCAUCAGGAUGUCCAAAGUGUGGGAUUAUCGCGUCAGGCAGCAUCUCGGUACUCGUUAUGACUCCAGGAAGGGCUGCUUUGACUGGGAUCUUACAAUGAAGCUGCAUAAUAAAGGGUGUGGAGUCAUUAACAAACAGCAAUAUGUGCGAUGGAGAGAGCAGGGACUGGCGUUUGAAAUGAGGGAAGGUGUCUACCAAAUAACCAAUCCAACUUUGCUUUCUUCAAGAGUGUUUAAUCAGAAAGGAGAAAAAGUUGCAGUUAGAGGAUACUGGGGCGACAUUGUUUCCAGUCCUUAUCUCUCUUUUGGCAUUGAAACAGAGGACAAGAACCUGCUGAAGAAACAGAACGAGCAAUACAUCAAGACGGCUCAGGAUAUCUCUUUUGCAAACGUCCAAGGAUUGUUUCAGUUCCUGUCCAGUAGACGGGGCUGCCUCCCCGCUUCUCAGUUCGACUCGGAGGCAGAGGUGUCCACACAGACGGAGCAGAAAUCUGUCAGCUUUAAUGAUGUGAUGCACCUGGAUGGGGUCUCUGUAACUUUCCUUCCUUUGGACUCGCUUCACAAACUACCAGAGAAACAGAAAUACUCCCACUUCUUCCACAUUAUUCACUUCUCUGCCAACUGCGUGCACCAGUUGUGCCCCGUGAUGAGACAGAUUGCAGCACCAGACGCUGUGCUUGUCGUCGAGUCGGCCAAGUACAUUUUGGAUUUCAACAAAGAGCAAGAAGCAGGCUUUGGGAAGAAAAUGGCAAGCAUGGCUGUCGAGGCUGGAUUUGAACCCUGGCAUGAGAACAGUGAUGAUGUCCAUGCAGUUUACAGACAGCAGAACUGA